CUUGCAUCCUACACUUAACAUGAAGUAGAGGGACUUCUGCAUGAGCAGGGUUCAUGAAGAUGCAUCUUCAUUUCUCUCUCUGACCGCUGAGACUGAAGCAGCCGACCUCUGCUGAGAUAUCAGCCCCACAUCUGCAGAUUUACCAGAUCUCUGUCAAAAGGGUGACUGGACUUGAUUGAGGUUUUGGAAGACAUUUAGCCUCUCCACCAAAAGGCUUCUUCACUUCUACUGUGACGGGCCAAAGCUGGGAUUUACUGCCUCUGUUGACCUGGUUUCACCUGAAGACACACAAUGUCUCCUAACGCCUCCCUCCACAUCACUGAGACUCCCCACAGCGACCAGAUGACGACUGUGGACAUCGACUCCAUCAUGGACAACGUCUCCAUCGUCCUCUACACGCUGACCGUCGUGCUCGGCAUCACCGGGAACUCCAUCGUCAUCUGGGUGGCUGGGUUCAAGCUCAAGGCUAAGGUCACCAACGUGUGGCUGGUUAACUUGGCGAUAGCCGACCUGAUCUUCUGCUUCACACGAGUCUUCUCCCUCAUAAAGAAGCUCUUCUUCGACCACUGGCCCUUUGGCGUCUUCCUCUGCAAGUUCAACGGCUUCUUCAAGUACGCCAACAUGUUCUGCUCUGUCUUCCUGUUGGCUGUCAUCAGUCUGGAUCGGGUGCUCUGUGUGUGGCGGCCCAUCCUCACCAAGCAGCACCGCACCAUGUGGGCCGCCAGGUUAGUGGCCGUCUGUGUAUGGAUCGCCGCCAUCAUCUUCAGCACGCCGUACUUCUUCUACCGUAAGGUGUACUUAGGGAAGAACAACCUGAGUAAGUGUUCUGUAGACUCAAAGGAGAAGGACGGCAACAGCGGCGCCAAACUGGCUCUCUACUCCAUCCGCUUCCUGUGCGGCUUCAUGUUGCCUUUUAUGGUCAUCCUCAUCUGCUACAUCCUGGCUGGUCUCGGCAUCCGAAGAACCCGCCUGUCAGGGAAGUCCCGCCCCCUGCGUAUAUUAGCAUCAUUAGUGAUUGCGUUCUUCUUGUGCUGGGCGCCGUACCACUGCCUCCUGCUGGUGAAAAUGGUGGACAGUAAGAACCCCGUGGUGAAGAUCUGGCACCCCAUAGCGUCUGGCAUCGCCUACUUCAACAGCUGUGUGAACCCGCUGCUGUACUUCUGCAUGGGCGUGGACGUGAGGGGGCGCUUCAGGCAGAGUCUGUCCGGUGUGUACAGGAGAGCUCUGGCGGACGACAUGGACGUACAGUCGACACAGUCAAACGAGCGCUCUUUGGACGACAGCAUUGGGUCCAAACCCAGUCUGGCUGUGGGGAGGAGUCAGACGUCUGUGGCUAAUUUCUGAACUGGGACUCAUUUUUCAUCAGUGAAAGGUGACAUUUUUCAUACUUAACCAGGAAAAACGUUUUUAUUUGGGUUAUCUAGAGCAAAAUCCUCAGAAAUGACUAGCACCUUCAAAUUCCACAUACUCUGUGUUUUGCUCCUAUCCAAAGAACUGGAUGUUUUCCUGAGAUGAUGCUGUUCUCUUCGUUAUCAUUCUGGGUUUUUUUUUUUUUGUUGUUGUUGUUUUUUCCACUGGUGAGAAACUUAGAAAGUUGAAAGCUUGAUGUUUUCUAAAGAGGAUGUGUUGUAUCAAAUAAAACCCUGUGGUUUUCCUUCUCAAAAGUUAACUUUUUUCCAUCCAUGGUGUCAUGUGACCUCUGACUGACUGAUGACCUGAGACACAAGACAGGGAGUUGAUAGAGAAAAAGGCCAGGGUUUAAAUUAUGUUUAGACCCAUUUUAGAAGUUGUUUCACAGACAGUCCAUUUUUAGCUAUGCUAGCUACGUAAUUAACGUUACAUAAUAAGCCAAUUGAUUUAAGUUAGCCUUAGCAAACAUAGCUAAAGCUAACUUAAGCUAAGCUAAUGUAGAUAUACGCAGCCAACAUAACUACUUAAGCUACAAUUACUGCAUUUGAGUUUUUUCAUUAAGGGCAAGCUUUUUGCUGUAAGCAGACAAUUACUCAGCUUUAUUAAAUGUUACAUAAUCAGGUUUUGCAGGUCAGAUUUUUACCUUUUAACUUCUGGUUCCUAACCCUUACCCUAACCCUAAUCCUAAAUGGAUUAAUGGAUCAAUCCAAUUUUAUUUUUUAAAGUUUCAGCAUGUAUUUCUAUUCUGAAAUAUACGGUGUCCCAAGAAACUGUGAGAGUGGGCGUCAGAGAUGUAUGGUCCACAGCCAGACCCCUCUCACUUUUUAAGCUAAUAUCUGCCAAUACUGAUAACUUGUCAAUAAAAUUGUGCAUCCCUAGUAAGAACAAUGGCUUAAGUUAUCAGUGCAGGAUCACUGAACAGACUUCUAUGAAUAAAAACCGUCAAAACUUACAGUUUAAGUUAAUAUUUCACUUUUUCUGCAGUCACCAGGUGAGGUAAACUUGCAUCAGAUUGAAGAGAUGGAGAAUUAAAAUGCCCUGUACUGCUGUCCUAAGCUUUUUUUUUUUUUUUUCCCCUCCAGCACCCCACACUGGUGGUUUGAUUGAAAGCUGUGAAUCAGGAUCCAUUGCCAUGUGCUUAUUUUGACAUUUUGAAUUGAUGCUUUGUAUGUUUUGUUACUAUCUGGGUUGAUCUGCUUGACACGUAAUCAAGCGUUUUAGCAAUGCCCUCCCCUGAGAACAGACUGCUGUUGAAUUAUGAAGAUUGAUGAGAGAGAAAGCCAUAUACCCCACUGUGCUCUUUGCGUGCGGAUUGGCAUGUGGACAGAGUAUGUGGAAAUCAAAGGUCUGAGCUUCAGGAAAUGUCGGGAAAGAGAAUGGAGGAAAACGCGCACCCCGAGAUUGUGGCAUUGGAUAGUUACGCAAAAGUAAGAGUGACUCCACAAACAUGAAGUGAAAAUGAGCCGUAUUUUUAUCCAGUUUUUGCAACUAAAGACACGGAAAGUGGCUUAAAAACAACACAUCCUCUUUCAUUUUCAAUUCCUUUUAAACUCUUGGACCUGAUCCGUACCUCCACAAAUGCACGAAACAAAAAAUAGAAAUGAAAAUGUAACAAUAACAACAAAUCAAAUCUGGAAGCAGACGUGCCAACCCUGGACUUUUAUCUGUUUAUAGUGUCACUGAGAAUGAACCGAAGAGACUGAAAAAUGUUCACAAACUGGACUAGAAGGGUGUUAACUCACUGAGGAGCGGACUCAUAUUUUCCUGUGUGGGUGUGGGAUGAUAAAGUCUGAUAAAACGAGGAACUGUGCUCACUGGGAAGGCAGAGGAAGGAGAGCUGCAGAGGGAAGUGAGAAUAUUAAAAGGAAAGAGUCUUCAGUCUUCACAGUCUGCUGUGCCUGGGUUGUAAUGAAGGACACAUGAACUGAAACUUUACACCCAACACUUGACACCAUUUUAAAUCAUCUUAGUUUAUAUGCCAUUUUUUUCCUUGUUUUAAUGUCUGCAAUUAACAUUAGAUGAAGGUAAGCCUGGAUAAUAUAACAAUAUGUCAACUUUAAGUUAUAAUAAUUAAUUAUUUAAUAAAAGACAACCUUAUGAGUAACUCUUAUGAGUCUCACUGAGGUAGUGCACCUGAGAUUUGAGGUCUUAACUGUGACAUUGAAAAUUAAUUUAGACAAAAUUUCAGAAGAAGAAAAAGUACAUUUUUUGUGACUUUUUUUAAAACAUAUUUUUCCUCUUUUUAACCCUUUUUUAUAGUUAGGGAUUUUUUCCUUAUUAUUUAAAUUACAUAAAUGCCUUUUUUCAGUUUUUUUUUUCACUUUAUGUCAAAAUUUUGUCCAAAAUUAUUUCAACUUUUGUUUUUAUCACUGUUUACACUUUUAAAAUUUCUAUAUUGCUGAAUUGUAACUGGACUUGAGCUUUUAAAGUUAAAGCUUUGUUGUCACUGGACUUUCCAAACUGCUUUUUACACCCCAGAUCACACUUAGCCAAUCACACCUCCUCACUCAGCGUUGGUCAAGGCUGUUUUGGUGUCUAUUAGUAUCAGAUUGAGAGAUGUCUGACCCAACCACUAGCACAGUUUAUUUUCAUCUUUUUUCAGCUUUCAGAAAGCGGCGUCUGUGUCCUCAGCCAGACGAACAUUUAUGAUGUUUGUGAAACAUGCUCAUAGGUAAUGAAGGGACGCUGCUGUGCUGAUAAUCCUGCAGAAUAAACAUCAGCUCUCAGCAACCAGAUCAUAAACCAGAGCUCUGUCUGUUCUGUGCAUUAUUUACACUUCAUUAAAUAACAUGCUUGUGUAAUUUAUCUCUUCAUUAUGAACUCUGUUAUUGUACGUCUGCAGCUGUUGGAUAAAGUGUCUGCUCACAGUGCUCAACUUUGGUUUAAAAUGAACUGCAAUGAUGGAUGAUAAGGUUUCACUUACUGGCUGUAAAUGUCAAGAAUAAAAUUA